AUGGCAAAAUUACUUAGAAGCCAAGAGAUGAUCAAUGUCAAGGAUAGGUAUUUCAGUUUGAAUCGGAUUCUCUUGCAAACAGUCGGUUUGUGGCCUUAUCAAGACUCGAAACUUGAUCGACUUCAGUUAUGCUUCAUCUACAUUAUCUUGAUAACUAGUAUUAUAUUUCAAUUGAAAUAUUUAAUGGGAGAACUCCAAUGUAUUUGUCAAAAUUUGAAAAGCAACGAAUUGAUGAUUGUAGACAAGUACGGAGAAAUUGGUAGACGUUGCACGGCAAAACUGUCAGUGUUUUUUGUUAGUGGUGCAGUUAUUGGUGUGGCUAGUCAAGUAUACUCAACUAUUCUUUACAUAAAUUCAUCAACAAACAUAUCUUUCCAAGAUAAAUAUAAGGAACUUUUUAUUACUGAAUAUUUUAUCGUCCAAGAGCAAUAUUACUACUUUACGUUACUGCACAUAAUUGGAGCUCUCUCGAUAGGUACGGUAGCAUUCAUAGCAACAGGAACAAUGCUUAUUGCAUAUUUAUACCACGCUUGUGGAAUGUUCAAAAUUGCUAGUUUUCGCAUCGAGCAUGCGAUGAACAUUGAUAAAUAUCAAAAUGUUAGCCUGAUAUACAAAAAUCUGAUUUAUACGAAUAUAGUAUUAGCCGUCGAUAUUCAUCGAAAAGCUAUGAUGUUUUCUACAUAUCUGAUUUCCACCUUUGAGACGACGUUUUUCUUCUUAAUACUGUUUGGAGUUUUGACGUUGAGCCUCAAUAUGUUUCGUUGUUUUCAGCUUGCAUCAUCUAAAUGCCAUAUCGACGACUUUGUAUUAUAUUGUGUGAUAACAAUCAUCGCUUUUGCGUAUAUGUUUUGGGCUAAUUUUAUUGGACAAGAAAUUACAGAUCAUUAUAAUGACGUAUUUGUGACUGU